UGCUAACUGUUUUAGAUUUUUUAAAAUGUGGACAAUGUGGAUCAAUUUUUCACAAGCUUCAGCUAUUUGUAGUUCAUAAAACUACAGAAUGCCCUGGAAAUUCAACAGAUGCAGAUGCAAAAGAAGGACCAGAAGUAAAAAGGCCAAAAAUUGAGCCAAAAUCUGAUACAAAAAAGAAACAGGUGUCAAUUGGAACUGCAAAUAAAAAACAUUCAAGUUCAUUUUCACUACAAAAACAGUUAACCUUACGAAGAGGACUUCCAGUUGUAGCAUUAAAAAAAUUACCUGAAAAAUCUGUUUUGCGUUCUAUGUUGAAGAAUUCAAAAUCAACCAGCAAUGAUGAUAAGAAGAAAACCAAUUUAUUAAAGAAAGAAGUGACAAAAGAAUUAAAAACAGAUGUAAAAGACACAACUUUGUCUGACACAAAAUCUAUCAAUAAUAAAAAACCAACAACAAAACAAGCUAGAUUUUUGGCUCUGCGAGGUGAAAAAGUAAAAAGUGGUUUAAUAAAAAAACCAGGACAGCCAUUGAAAACUAAAGUUCUUACUGGAUCCUUAUUAAAAAAAACUAACAAUGAACCACCGAAGAAAGUUCGACCAAAGGUAAUAAAUUGUGGAAAAUGUGAAGCAUGUUUAAGAGAAAGUGAUUGUGGAGAAUGUAGUCAUUGUCGAGUAA